AUGGAUGGUGUUCAAAGCGUGCUGCCCAGGCCUAACGCAGAAAUGCUUUACCAGGCAUUCGGCAUCAGCCCUGACUCGGUAUGCGAAUUGCUGAGACCGGACAUGAAUUUUUUCGAGGAGCUUGCCGAGCUACCGGUUGACCUACUCAAAGCUCCCCUUGGAACGGACGUCGAAGGGAUGCGUGCUUGGGUGGAAGAAACACUACUCAACGGUCCUCUCGCCGAGCAACGAAACAACUCCACUUUCGAACGUCGACGGAAGGCCGUGCCCGUGAAGGUCCACGAUGUCAGGAUCCCUUGUGCCAAUAGCGGUGAUGGAGAUAGUUUCAGCCUUAGGGUUUAUGACCCUGAAAUCGACCCGGAAGAGCAAAGCAUACGGCCCAGACCUGCGAUAUUGAUGCUUCACGGUGGAGGAUGGAUUCAUGGAAAGCCCCACGGCGAUGACGUCUUUGCGAAGUUUUUCGCUUCGGAGGUUCGAGCGGUCUGUUUGGGGGUGGACUACAGACUUGCUCCAGAGCAUCCAUUUCCAGCUGCUUUUGAAGACUGUUGCCAAUCAAUAGACUGGGUCAUGGAGAAUGCUCCGGCGUACAACAUCGAUAUCCGUCGGCUUGGCUUGUGGGGCGCCUCGGCCGGAGGCAAUCUCGCAGCCGCAGUGGCACUCAAGCACUCGCAAAGGGACAGCCAGUCGCAUCAGCCUCAACUGAAAUUGAUCAGUCUGGUAGUGCCAGUGACGGCAGCCUACCAAGCUCAGCAUUUGUUUGAACGCAGCCGGGAGCUGGAACUCAGUUCGAAUGAAAAGCUGUUCCGAGACGCACCUUUGCCCACAGCCGCCGUAGUGGAGGGUUUCGACAGCCUUAUAAAACUAUAUACAGGUGGGAAGACUGAUGAGUGCCACCCGUUCAUUUCGCCCUUAUUGGCGAAACCAAGUAAACGACAUGCCAGAACUCACAUUACGGUCGCCGCAUGUGAUGAUCUUCGAGCUCAAGGACUUGCGUAUGCACAACUUCUACGCUCGUCUGGUGUGGCUGUCUCCGAGGAGGUACUACAGGGUGUGCCUCACGGAUUCACGUUUCCGUUGGAGGCAAGAGUUGUGAAGUCGUGGCUGCGAGGGCAGGUUGACAGGUUCGUGACUGCAUUCGAGGAUGAAGUCGAAUAG